GAUUCGUAAUGCGGCCGGCAAGGCAGUGAGCUACAGUCGUCAGUCGUCACCGCUGCGUGGCGUCUAAGCGUGAUUAGUUCCGUUUCAAGUUCCCACAGAGCGCCACCUGUUCCCCGUGAUGAUGCAAACUAUGCCUUUUCUCGUUUACCUCCCGCCAUUCUCUCUCCCCCUUUCAUCUCUCCCCUCUCUUAUCUUCUCUUCAUUGUUUCUGUCUUAACCAAAACAAUUCCCAAUACUCUUCCUAUUUUUGUACGGAAAAUUAGUAACUGGUCAAUCCUCUCGUGCCUCUACGAUCCUUUAAUGGUUCUAACUCUUCUUGAAAGAUGUCUCACGCUUUUGAUGCCAUGAGAGGAACGCCACCUGGGAUUUUGCUUAUAAGAAGAAUACGAGGCAAGGAUUGGAGCCUAACCACAUACAGAUAUGUUGUUUUGUUGAUUACAUUCAUAGCAUAUGCUUGUUACCAUGCCUCUAGAAAACCCAGUAGCAUAGUCAAGAGUGUAUUGGAUCCUGAACCCGAUAAGGCUCCAGCUCCAGAACUGAUCCCCUGGCCUGUUGGCAAAUUUUUUAUCAAGGAAGAUUCCUAUAGUGAAAAUUUUGAUAGAAUCAAAAAUAAGGGUUGGGCUCCUUUUAAUGGCACCGAUGGGACCUCCAAAUUGGGUGAGAUUGAUGUUGCAUUUCUUGCUUGCUAUUCCCUGGGGAUGUACGUUGCUGGCCAUUUAGGUGAUACUUUGGACCUCAGGUUGUUUUUGACAUCUGGGAUGAUUGGUAGUGGCAUCUUCGUGGCGUUAUUUGGGAUGGGAUAUUUCUGGAACAUUCAUGCAUUUUGGUUCUAUCUUGUGAUGCAAAUGGUUGCUGGGUUAUUUCAAGCCACAGGGUGGCCUUCAGUUGUUGCUGUCAUUGGUAAUUGGUUUGGGAAAAGGAAGAGGGGAUUGAUAAUGGGUAUUUGGAACGCACAUACUUCAGUCGGUAACAUUAGUGGGUCACUUCUUGCUGCUAGUGUCUUAGAGUACGGUUGGGGAUGGUCUUUUAUCGUUCCUGGCUCAUUCAUUGCUUUGGGAGGGAUAAUGGUUUACCUGUACCUUGCUGCAUAUCCUGAGGAUGUUGGGUUUCCUUGCCCAAAUGGUGCAACAGCUGUGAAUGUGGACACGGUGCCUUGUGACGAGGAAGCUCAGACACACAAAGGAAGUGUUGUGGAACACAAGAAUAAUACUGGUUCAGGGAGUAGGAAAAGCGUAGGGAUGCUUGAAGCUUUUUUGAUUCCAGGAGUCAUACCAUUUGCAUUGUGUCUAUUCUUCUCAAAGCUUGUGGCUUACACAUUUCUAUACUGGUUGCCAUUUUACUUAAGUCAAACAGAAAUUGGAGGAGAGCGUAUCUCUGUCAAGUCUGCUGGAAACCUCUCUACGUUGUUCGAUGUAGGGGGAAUUGUUGGCGGAAUCCUUGCGGGAUACAUAUCUGAUAAACUUAAUGCACGGGCUAUUACAGCUGCGAGCUUCAUGUAUGCUGCAAUUCCUUCCUUGCUCUUAUACCGUUUCUAUGGAAGUGUCUCGAAGACAGUUAACAUAGCACUUAUGAUGAUUGCUGGCUUAUUUGUUAACGGGCCAUAUGCACUCAUCACGACUGCAGUUUCUGCUGACCUGGGUACACACAAGUCACUUAGAGGCGAUUCCCGUGCACUUGCAACAGUAACUGCAAUUAUUGAUGGUACGGGAUCUGUUGGCGCAGCUUUUGGCCCUCUCUUGACCGGGUUCCUUUCAGCAAUUGGAUGGGACGCAGUUUUUGUCAUGCUAGUGAUUGCCGCUCUUACAGCAGGGCUUCUUUUAUCACGUCUGGUUAUAGCUGAAAUUACUGAGAAAACUGGCAAACCUGUGCCUUCAUCUGGUGUUCAGCCCUUUCCUGAAGCUUCACCAUCCCGGCCACUUCUGACUGACCAAAGGUGACAAUCAGGUAAGGCCCUAUAGUUUUGUUCUAAUAUGCAGACAAGAUCAAGCCAUAAACAUAGUUUCCAGUCAAAUAACAGUGUAAGAUAGCAGACACAAUGUUUCUAAUUAUGUGCUUUUCUACUUUUAAGUGGUAUAGAGGCUUGUAUAUCAACCAGAAUCCAUUAUCUAUCAUAUAAAUUUACUGAUAAAGCAA